AUCAAAAUUAUCAGGAUGCAUACAGACGCCUUUAUCACUCCGAGGCAAUGAGCCAGCUGCUGGUCUUCUUUAAACACCGAGUAAAUCGGGAUGACCUCCAGGAUCACGUGAUGAAGUUUCUGGCCGUGCUAAGCGCCGAGUCCGGCGUGACCAUCAUGGGCUGCACGCGCUACUCGCUGGAGGACAACGCCGGGGCGCGCGUCUGCGCCACGCGCUCGUGGUCGCGCAACGAGGAGAUCCAGUUCCUGGUGGGGUGUAUCGCCGAACUCUCGGAGGAGGAGGAGAACCAGCUGCUGCAGCCGGGCAAGAACGACUUCUCGGUCAUGUACAGCACGCGAAAGAAGUGCGGCCAGCUCUGGCUGGGCCCGGCCGCCUACAUCAACCACGACUGUGACGCCAACUGCACGUUCGUGGCCACCGGCCGGCAGACGGCAACGGUGCGCACGCUGCGCGAGAUCCAGCCGGGCGAGGAGGUCACCUGCAACUACGGCGGCGACUUCUUCGGCGACAACAACUGCUACUGCGAGUGCGAGACCUGCGAGAGGCGACAGCGGGGGGCGUUCUCCCAGCCGGCGGCCGCCGCGCAGCCGGAGGGCUACCGGCUGCGCCACUCGAGUCGGCGCCGCGCCGCGCCGGCCGCCGGGCCCGACCGGCUGCGCGAGACGGUGGACGCGCUCCGACAGCGCGGGAUGACGCGCUACGACGCGCGCAUUAUCGCCGAGCAGCGGCUGCGGCUGGUGUUGCUCUGGGCGGCGCCCGACGUGGCCCGCCAGGCGGCCGAGGACCGGCGAGCAAGUCUCCUUUUGAUCUCAUCGUUUCGAGGGAGUGGUUGA